CUACAAUCAAAAACCUAUAAGCAUACUGAUAUCAAUAAUUACAUAUAUUUAUGGAAUGUACUACCAAAGAAAUUUUAAAUUUGUGCACCAAUUCAGUUUUAUCAAUUGUAUGUGAAUGCGCAGGUUCUGUGUGUCAAUCGUAUUGAACGUUGAACAUGAUAUAUAUAUAUAUAUAUAUAUAUAUAUAUAUAUAUAUAUAUAUACGCAACAAUCAUACAUAUAUAUUUGCACUCAAUUAUUUAAAUAAAUCAACACACUAGUUCACGUACCGAUACAUACCAUUUCAUACAUACACAUACCCACUUUGUAAGCAUAGGUAAUUUGAUAUAAUAAACAGUAGAAACACAGGAAACGAUGAUAUUCACUCCGGCCAAAAUGAUCAGCAACGAUUGUCUGUUAUUUUAUUUUGUGAUUUGAAUAUAUUCCAAUUAUUGCAUCCUAUGAUUCACAUAAAAUAAUGUUCUAUAAUUAUUUACUCAAUAUUUAACUAUCAAGAAUAUUAGAAAAAUCUUUCUGAAAAUUGUAUGGAAAUUAUAUUAUUAAUCAAUUGGUGAACUGAAAUUUUAAUCACUUAGAAAAGACAUAGACAAGAACUGUUGAAAACAUAGAGGAUUUUGACGACCAUAAACAACGUCAUUAUUAUUAUUAUUAACAACAGUGACAAAGUACGAAACGAAAUCAGAACAAAAACAGUCAUCAGCACUACGCAAUAGAACGGGGUGAUGCACGAACUAUUAUUUUUCUUUGAAAUCUAUUUUCUUAUACAUUAUGCAUGGGAAUUUGGAUAAAAUUACAUUGAAUCUUUUAACUUCUAUGAAAACAAUGUAAUAUUGUAGUUUAUGUGUGAACUUUGAAUUAUUUAUUUCAAAGAGUGAAAGGCAGAAAGUGGAAAAUAAAUAUUAAAAAAAAAUUGAAAACUCAACGCUUGAUUUAUCAAAUCAGUAAUUAUUUCACUAAUCAAUUUAUUGAAUAAUAAUUAACAAACAAAACAAGAUAAGUAAGAUCACUUUGAACAAAUUCAUGUUCAAUUCCCAGUGGACGUUGUCAAGCUUAUCACCAUUAUUGUCAGCUGUUUUAAAUUUAUCAGAAAUACGACAUCAUCAACAACAACUACUACUACUGAUAAUAAUAAUACUGGUAGUGCUACGACUUUUAUUAAUAUCGUUGAUUUUAAUUCACUAUUAUUUUAAUCAUUCAUCUCAUUGUUAUCUCACUGGUAUCUUUGAGUGGUUUAACAACUGUCUACCCUCAUCACAUUCACUCACUUCCCCUUUUUCUUAUUUCGUGGAGUUAAUAUCACUGCCAUCCUCAGCACUGACAUCCUCGUUGUUACUAUCACUGUCAUGGAUAUUCUGCAUAUUAUUUGGUGCUUUAAGUAUAUGGUUCUGGAAAUCAGUAUGUUACCUCGGUACACGAUUAUAUCAUCAGAAGGAUAUACUACUAUUUUUCGGAAACAGUAUUAAUGAUAUUCGUAAUUAUAGAAUUUACAGUAAAAUAAAUGUCAUACUACUUACAUUCCACACUGAUUCAGUCAUUUUCAUAUAUAAUCUUAUCAGUGGAUGGAAUUCAAGCGAUACGUUGAAGAGUAUAAUUAAAACAUCAAAAAGACUUACACAACGUAAACGUUUAAGUCAUGGAAUGAGUACAUUAUUCAAUAUAUACUUUGGAUUAUUAAUUUAUUUAGAACUAUGUGGAAUUGAUUAUGCUGAAAGUAGACCGAUUUCAACCGAAAAUGAACGCAGAUAUGGUAAUUUAGAUUUACAUCCGGCUAAAUCAUCAUCACAACAAAAGACACCAAAAGUGGUUAUGCCACCAUAUGACCUUGGGUUUAAAGGUCAAAAAACAGACGAACUGAACAAAGUAAAAUUAUAUCCCCUGUUAUCAUCAUCAUUAUCGUAUCCUACAUUUUUGAGUGAUUUUAAUGAUAAUUUCGAUCAAAUGAAAGGUUUUCAGUCAGAUGAAACAUAUGUAAGAGAUUCUCAAACACAGCAGCAGCAAAGAAAACAACGCUAUCAGAGAGUAAGUCGUGAUAAUUUUAACUCACAAGAAGAGACCGACAAUGAUGAUGAGGACAAUGCUGUCGAAUUUUUCAAUACACGUUUGAUGUAUGAUUCGAAGUUGUCUCAAUCUAAUCAUCUUAAUAAGAAUAGUGUAAGAUCAUACGGACAAUCUCCAUCGGUAUCAUCAUCAAUACCAUCAUUAACAGAAAGGGAGACAAAUGAACGAAUUGACUAUAGAAGAGUAAACCUUGCACCUUCUAAAUCAACAAUACAAAAACAGAUAUCAUACUCCUCAUAUAAUCCAUAUACAAGAAUGAAUAACUAUCAAGAAUCGCUUUAUAUACCUGACCAACAAAGUAUGUAUGAAAUGAAUACUCAACAGUACCCCCGCGAACAAGAGAAGACAUGGACCAGAAAGGAUAAUAAUAAUAAGCCAUACCAACGUCAUGAAUUAUAUGAUGGUUAUACAGCUCAUAUGAAUCGUGAAAAUCCGUCUAGUUGGUUUCCUUUUCCCAAUUAUCAAACCAAUAAUAAUAAUCCAUUGAACAAUAGACCAUUAUAUUCACAACAAUCAAAAAUACAGCACCAACAUCAACCAUCUUCAAGUUUAAAUAGUUACUCAUAUUAUAGCACCCAAACAAAAAUAUUGAUAGUAAUAAUGACAUUAAUAAACGUAAUCCAUUAUCAUAUUUUCCUGAGAUUUCGGAUAUUCAAUUAUCUCAUCUAAUUUAUCAGUACCAAAUGGAAUUAUUACGUCGACAAUCUGGACGUUUACCCGAUAUUGAUUAUCAAAUGGAGCAUAAUUACUAUGGUCAACCGGCUGAAUCGUCUUCACACCAGUUACCUAACGUUUAUGGUUUGUAUGUAAAAUAAACCGUAAUUGAUUGCGGGGUCAACGGGAGAUAAAAUGAAUUUCAGCGAACACUUUUUAUCUUGUAGGUUAUAUCUUGAAGUUAUCACAGUUAUGCAAUCAAUAAAAACCAAAAAGCAUUUAAUAGCUGUUUCGUUCUUCUGUGGGACUCGGGGAGUCAAACCCAGGACUGCUAGAUCUCCUGAAGGAUGCUUAACUCUUGGGCCACUAAGCCAAUACCCGAAUGUUUUCAUUCAUAACUUUUAUUAAUUUGCAGUAUUGUACAACCAUCAUGUAGUCCUGUUGGUUGGUAACUAUCUCACACCCAAUAUUGUUGAACUUCACGGAUUAAAAACUCCAGCCAGUGCUCCUGGAAAUAACUUUUGGAAUUAGUCAUUACCUAGUGUAUGAUUAUGAUUAAUAAAUUUAGAGUUUAAUCUGCUGCCGUGAAAUAUGAAGGUCCUGGGUUUCAUCCAUGGUAAGGUCGUGGAUGAGGACUUUAGAAGAUUUCAAUACUGUGACCUUUCAGCUGUGUCGUGUCUCCUGGCUUCCAUCAGUUAUCUAAAUAAGGUCCCUUUGUGAUGUCGCCUAUAAAAUUCACUUAUCCCUAUGAACCCCCCGUCCUAAUAUUUCUUUCUCUGCUCACGAUUCCUUCUUAUUAAAUUUCACAUUUACAACCAAGCAAUUUCUGUAUAAUCUCAAACUAAGAAGCUAACCUUUAAUUAAAUUGCCUUUUACAAAACACGGAACUAAAAAAAUGAUAAUUGCAUUAAAGUGUAUGUACAGUGUAUUUGAGCACAAACUUGGUGAUAAGCUAUAAAAAGCAGUUCAGGUAUAUCUUUAUGUAGGUACCUGUAUGAGUGUUGUUAAUGUUGAAACAGGUUCUGCCAAUCUAGAUAUAACGAUCGCAUGUACUGUAGCUUGCUUGUGACCAUAAGAGGUUUUGUUCAUAGAAUUGGUGAUAUCACGUGCAUUGUACUUAGUGCUGACAAUGUGUGUCCAGGUACUGAACUAAUGAUGAGUCAGCAGGUGUUGUCAUACUAAAACUUCAGCUUGGUAAAUUACACAUCAAGAGUAUCGUUACAGUUAAACUUUGUACAGUCAAUCAAAUAAAGACACGAAGGCGGUAGAGAAUGUCAAAAUGGUCUCAUGUCUAUGGCAUAACAUGGUGAAAAUGUAGGUGGUUAUGUUAAGUUCGUAUCAAUAAGUCCAUUACAAGGUACUGAGGUUAUGUUGAUUGGUAUAAUAAGAAGUUAUUGAUCCCUAAUGGGGUUAUGGGUAUACAUUACUAGAGGGACCCACAAAAGACGAAACAACUUCCCAGUGUUUGCUGAGCUUCAGUGGUAUCCCAACUGAGAAAUGGUAGUGCUGGUAACUUUAUAGCUCAAAGUUUAUAAUUUCCGAUACUUUUCCCUCUUUAUCUCCUAGCGAUUUUCUCCAAUGUGUUUCUUUCCAAUGUUAUCUCUUCGCUUCAUAAGCAACAUAUCUUGGUGAUGCAUUUUACUGAGCAUUUGCGUUGUAACAUGAAAAAAUUACACAAAACCAUGUCAAAGUGAUGAUUUAUUAAAGUCAGUAAGUGAUCCAGUUCAUGAUAAGUUAUAGUUGAUAAAAACCUUGUAAUUAGAAUAACCCAUAGUGUCAUUGGAUAAGAAAAAGAGAAUUCAGCGAAGAAAAUUUUCUUAUCGACGAGAUAAUUUACUUAAGCUGUACAUCCGUAUAUAUAGUUAUAUGGAAAAUGUAUGUCUGUAGGAGGAUAGAAAAAAUUGCAUCACCAAAAUGGAUUCGAGGAUAAAUAACAAAUGAGGUUACGUACUAAUCAAGGGGUAAGGAAGAAAAUAAUUUAUGGGUCAGAUAAUAGGUCCAAUUGACAGAUAUGAAGAAAAGGGGCAAACACAAAGGUCAUAAUAAUAAACUGAAUAAUAAUAAAAAAAACUUGUAUAAGGUAAUAAUAAUAAUAGUAACUGAUAAGAGUUUAAAAUGCAAAAUAGUAAUUUAAAAAAAUGCGAUAAUAAUCAAAUAAAGGUGCAGAAAAAACAAAAAGCAUACCCAUUAAGAGAAUUAGGGCCAAGGAAGGAUGAGAGGUUGGACAAAUCGCUUCUGCACUCAAAGUUCAGGCUUUAGUUUGUGGAUUGCCAAUGCCUCUGCGGUGCAUAAAAUAUUGAUUCGAACCCCCUUCGAUCCAAUUCCUUUGACUCUGUAGAUCACUUUAAAAGAAGAAUGUUUGGGAGCGAUGAGUCCAAAAUUGAUUAAAUGCUCCUGUAUAGAACUAGUGAUUGUCUUACAUUCUCCUUUUAAAAGCCAAGCCAGAUAGUGUUAUGAGAUGUGUUUGGAAAGUAAUUGCUUUGUUCGGCCUAUGUAAUAAGCCCCACAUGAGCACGUAAAUUUAUAAAUACACAUUGAUGUUACCCAAAGCUAUAGUUUAUCUUUAACACAUUCAGGAAUGGUAGGCUGGCUUGAGAAAACUAUUCGGAGCUUGGCUGUGUGGAAAGUUUUAUUCAAUGAUUUUGAAAUCCGUUUAUUUAAGAUUUCAGCAGCCGUGUCUCCUUUAAAUUCCAUAAUCAUGAACAACGUUUCCUUCUAUACUGUUGAUACUUUCUCAUGAUGAAUUCUAGGUGUUAAGUUACUAUCGAUGAAUCUAGGUGGAUAACCGUUUCUGAUGACAGUUUGUAGAAGUUGAAUUAGUUCCUCGUCUAUUGUGUCAGUGGGACAGAUUCGCUUGAUCCUAGAGGAUAAAGAGUGAAUUAAGUUCCUCUUUCUACUCAAUGAGACCCAACUAUGGAAAUUAGUGUAGUGUCCAUUCCAGGUAGGUUUUCUAUAUAUAGAUCGCUGUAAAAACCAUCAGGCAUUCUUUUUAAUCGGACAUCAAGAAAAUGAAAUCCAUUAUUUGGCUCUGCUUCUAGGGUGAAUUGCAUUGAGGAGUGACAGUUACUGAAACUUCAAAAUUUCAUUUAGGUCUGUGGUGGACCAGACCAUAUAUAAACGCAAAAAGUAUCAACAAAGUUAAUAAAGAUCAAUAGAAAUGUUAAUAUAUAUAAGUUAAUUAUUACAAAUACAAUAGAAAGUUGGGACUUUACUUAAGUUCACCAAAUUGAUGAGUGUUCGGCUUUGGUCUGGUACUAAGAAACCACAAUUAUACAUGCUUGGUAAUUCCGAUCUGGUUGACGAACGCUCCAGUGAUAUAAUCCAACGCAGGAUGUGAUAUAUUCCAAUUACAGUCUAUAAACGUAGAUAGUAUUUGAUUUAGACUUCAGUUAACUCAAUCACAAACGAGGAUAGGACGAGGAAUGUGUGAGUAGUAGUGUAUUUGUUAGCCAGCAAGAGUAUGUCACGCUAUGUCAGUAUUACAACGGAAAGUGUGUUCAAGGUCAUUUACUAAAACAACAGGUACAAUCAUUUAAUGAUAAAAUAUACAGACAGUGAAAGAUUGACAAAAUAAAUACAAAUAAUAUUAAAAGCUAUUUACAAAAUAAGCUUGUCAGGCCUAUUUCCACAGGUCCAUAUCUUCUUCACAAAUCAUCCAUAUAUCUCUUCUAUAAAUGAAAUCUCUCAAUUAUUGGACGAAGUACAGAAUUUUCCAGAUUGGCCAUGAAGCAAUCAGCCAAGAGCGGAUCCAAUGGAGAACCACUUGCAACUCCGUCUAUUUGUCUAUAGAAAACAUCAUUAAAUCUAAAUUGCACGUUGAGCGCACAUCGUAGUAGUAGUUCUUUAAGGUAGUGUUUUGGGAUACACAUAUCAAGAUUACUGUUUUCAUUAUAGUCACAUAAAAGACAAAUGGUUUCUGUGAGAGGAACAUUUGUAAAAAGAGAAGUGACAUCUAAUGAAAAUAUUUUCUUACCAAUUACGUUGAUAUUUCUAAUUAAGUCGACAAAUUCAAAGGAGUCAAGAGAAUUGUAUUUAUUGACAUGAUUUUUAACAGGUUGUAAAAUGUCAACUAACCAUUUAGCGACCAAGUGAUAAGGAGAGUUGUUCAUAUCAGGUAUAGGACGUAGUGAGGCAUUAUUCUCAUGAACUUUUGGGAGUCCAUAUAGUCUUGGUAUAACGGAACCCGAUGGUUUGAGGUAUUCAUGGAGGUCACAAUUGAUAAUAGAAUCAUCUUUCAUUUUCUUUAAGAUUUUAACUAGCAUCUGUUCAGUUUUUUCAGUUGUGUCUUUUUGAACGGUCUCAAUAGAGAAUUUGACAGGAUCAGAUAAUAUCGAAGAUAUUUUGGUAACAUAGUCAAGACGAUCCAUAAGGACAAUUCCUGC